GUCGACAGGCGGCCAUGUUUGUCGUCUAAAAUUGCGAAAAAAUCCAAUUUAUUUUUGCUGUGUGUUUUUCUCGAAGAAUUCCCAAGGAUAAAGCACGGAAAAUUUGUGAAAAAUAGUGACAAACGCUUGGAAAAACUGUGUCACAAUGUUCAAUCAUUGCAUUGUGUGGUUGAGUUGAGAUUGAGGAUGGAUGUGCCACAAGAUGAUGUUGAAUCGGGGGUGGAACAAAGAAAUUUGCAUAUGCGAAAUUCCAGAGAAAAUCACCAUGUAAGCUCAGUCACGUCCCUCAGUGAUGACUCUGGCUUCUCUGGGCUGCCACACACCAGCAGCUCCAUCUCCAGUGGUGACUCCAGUCGCCUGGGACCGUGCAAAUUUGAGUUUGAGCUGGUGGAGAGUGACGGUGAGUUUGACUCCCUGGACAAUUGCUCGGAUGGUGGCAUGAGUGCUGAGAACUUCAAUACACUGAAGAAGGGACCUCUGGCACCAAUAGAUCCACCCCCAGAAUUUCAGGAUUCACCCCAGACCACACUCCUGCGAUCACCAGUCAUUCAGGACUUUGCCAAUACUCUCACUGAGGAUAUUAUCACUGAAGCUGCUGUGGCUUGCUCCAGGAUUCAGAUUGCCGAGGAGCCAGAGCCAAGUUUCAGUGACUACUACGCCCAAUUUGACACCCUCAAGAAGCCUCUGAAGGGAUCCUUGGGAGAACGUGUUCGAGUUACUCCUCAAAUCUACGCCAGUGACACUGUUCUCAAUUCCUACGACUACUCAAUCAAGGAUUAUACCGACGACAAUAUCUACGACGAGCCCAACGGGGAGGUUUUCACAUCUUCAACGUCUGACGUUGAGGCCUUUCAGGGUUACCUCAUGGUGCCGAAUCGCACCAAGACAGAUUCAGAGUCUCCGCUUCGGGAGUGCACAAGUCAGCAUUUGAGAGUCCUCCAGACACCCUGUGGCAGUUGCUACAGGCGCAAGACACCACCAAAGUCAACCCUGUACAGUCCGUUGCAUCACACGGGCAGCAAUUUGAGUACGGGGAAUCGUCCCAAUUCCCGCAAUUCCCUCACCUCUCGACUGUCAAGUUCGCACAAUAGUCUCAGCAUCAGCGCCUCCAAGGCCGAUGAUUCAAGUUUCAUCACUCAGGCCAUGUCACACGAUGCGCUGACGGGUCGGGAAAUCUCGGAUUUCUACAAUGUGCCAAUUGAUUCGGACGUCUAUGCCCUGCCAAUUGAUAUGGUGCGUCCGGAGAAGGGUAGUAGUAGCAAGGGACGGAGUCGGUUGAAGUAUGUGAGAAAUAAUAAAAAACGUCGGAAAGAUGACAAGAGAACUGCCACAAAGGCAUCCAAAACCAUUGAUAAGCGUCACAGUGUUCCGGAGAAUUGCAUUCAACCUGAAUCUAAGCGUCUUCUGCACAAUCUCUAUGCCAAUUCCAGUGAUUCGAGUGAGGCCACAAUGCGAAAGCCCAGAGUAAUUCCGUGGGGUCGUAUGAAGUGUUCAGAGACGAGUGUGCAAUUGUCAGGGCAUUCACAGGUGUUGACUGGUGGGAAUCCCACCAAGAACACACCACAAAGUUCAACAGGAAAGUCAUCUGGGGCCAAGAAGGCUAACAGUGAAAAUGGACUCAAUAACAAUAUCAGUGGAAAAGUGCCAAAGUUCCAUCAGCACAAAAAAGCCCAAUUCUCAAUUCAUUUGAAUCUCAAACAGAAAUUCUGUAGCAUUUUUCGCUUUAGGAAGUCUCAGCAGAAGCCGAAUCGAAAUGCCAAUGUUCACAAUAAUAAUCAAGGAGAGAAUUGGGACUAUGAAGCACAGCAGAAUGGCACGGCAAAGGGUGAUUCCAAGAAGAAGAUAAUACUGAGGGCUCUGCCUCCGCUUCCCGGACGAGAUUCGACAGAAACUGCAAAUGUGAGCACAGCAAACGACACUGGAAAUGCGAGUGAAGAGGAAAAUUCUGUAGACGAUGGUCUUGUGAAAAUGGAUUUUACGUCGAGCAUUGAAAAGAUCAAGCAGUACGGUUGGUAUUGGGGUCCGAUUUCAAGUGAAGCUGCCGAGAGGAUACUCUCAAAUGAGCCCGAUGGAAGUUUUAUUGUGCGUGACAGUUCAGAUGAUCACUAUAUUUUUUCCUUGACAUUCAAACUUAAUCGAUGCGUGCGUCAUGUGAGAAUUGAACAGGAUCAAGGAACUUUCUCAUUUGGCUCCUAUGCCAAAUUUAAAUCACGCACAAUUGUGGAGUUUAUCGAGAAGGCAGUGGAACAUUCACGAAGUGGAAGGUACCUCUUCUUCUUGCAUCGAAGACCAGAACAUGGACCAAUGCGUGUGCAACUAACGAAUCCCGUGUCUAGAUUUAAGCAUGUACAAAGUUUACAGCACAUGUGCAGAUUUGUAAUUCUAAAGGCUGUUGUAAGGAAGGACUUGAUCCAAACACUCCCACUACCUAGAAGGAUCAUAGACUAUUUGAGCUACAAGAAUGUCUACUCGGAGCAAAUUGAGAGUGAUAGUUCUACAUCUCAGGCUUCAAAUGGUCAAUCAUGAAAUUCCUCUAUGUAAGUUCUGUGAAGAAACAAAAAAAAACAAACUCUUUUUGCAAUUGAUAGAAGAUGAAGGAAGAAAAUUUGCAUGAAAUUUUAGGUGCUAAACUUUUAAAUUGAUGUUUAUAAAGAAAAGAUGAAGAGAAAGAAGGAAAAAAACUCUUAAGAGGUCUUCUAGAGACAAAAUUAUCUCGGGAAGUAAAUCAUUCGCAAUACCAAAUGUUUCAAUAAUUUUCGCUUUUUUAGUUGUAAGGUUGUUUUUUUUUUUGGAGGAGAUAGGAAAAAUGAUAAUACUGAUGAAUAAAAAUAAAAAUGCAUAAAUAGAAA